CCAUUUCUGGUACAGUUGGGAAGUGUGGGUUAACAUGUCUACGCUCUCGUUAUCUGCUACUUCCAUGGCAGUGGACCUACUUCCAUCUUCUUCGUCCUCGUUCUUUUCUCCUCACAUUUCAUAUAUCAAAACCAACAUUUUCUCACCAUUCAACAAGACCCAGAAACACAGAGCCUGUUUCAUACUUGUCUCGGUGUUUAAAGAUGUCUGGAGAAGACUACCAGAUGAAACGACGUCGUUGCUAUCGUCUUCUCGCCAGCACCGUCCCAGAAAGCAGCGUGUGGUACAUUUGGACCACAGUGUGGACAUGGACGAGCUAUUGGCGUCAAUCAGCCAGACGUCGAACGAGCAAGAGCUCUACUCUCUCAUGUCGCCCUACAAAGGGAGGCAGCUUUCGAUUCGUUUCAUGGUUUCGCUUCUCUCUCGCGAGCCCGAUUGGCAGCGCUCGCUUGCGCUUCUCGAUUGGAUCAACGAGGAGGCUUCGUAUUCGCCUUCUGUGUUCGCCUACAAUGUUGUUAUCCGAAAUGUGCUUCGGGCGAAGCAGUGGGAGCUCGCACACGGGCUGUUCGAAGAAAUGCGUCAGAGAGCGCUUGCGCCUGACAGGUACACUUAUUCUACGCUUAUAACACAUUUUGGGAAGGAGGGUAUGUUCGAUUCUGCUCUUUCCUGGCUCCAGAAAAUGGAGCAAGACCGUGUUUCGGGUGACCUUGUUUUGUAUAGUAAUCUCAUUGAGUUGUCGCGCAAGCUCUGUGAUUACUCGAAGGCGAUAUCGAUUUUUUCCAGGUUGAAGCGGUCGGGGAUUUCGCCGGACCUUGUUGCUUACAAUUCUAUGAUUAAUGUGUUCGGGAAAGCUAAGCUUUUUCGCGAAGCCCGGCUUCUACUUCCAGAGAUGAGGGCAGGGGGUGUUAUGCCUGAUACAGUUAGUUACUCUACGCUGUUAAGCAUGUAUGUUGAGAAUGGAAAAUAUGUUGAGGCAUUGUCUGUGUUCUCGGAGAUGAAUGAGGUCAGGUGCCCACUUGAUCUUACCACUUGCAAUGUUAUGAUAGAUGUUUAUGGGCAGCUGGAUAUGGCUAAGGAAGCUGACAGACUGUUUUGGAGCAUGAGGAAGAUGGGAAUUGAACCGGGCAUUGUUAGUUACAAUACCCUUUUGAGGGUUUAUGGUGAGGCUGAGCUUUUCGGGGAAGCCAUUCAUCUUUUCAGACUGAUGCAGAGGAAGGAUAUUGAGCAGAAUGUUGUUACUUACAACACCAUGAUUAAGAUCUAUGGGAAGUCUCUUGAGCAUGAAAAAGCUACAAAUCUAGUUCAAGAGAUGCAGAAUAGAGGUAUAGAACCAAAUGCCAUCACGUACUCGACAAUUAUAUCUAUAUGGGACAAGGCAGGGAAACUGGAUCGGGCAGCAAUGCUGUUUCAAAAGCUGAGGAGCUCGGGCAUUGAGAUUGAUCAGGUUCUUUAUCAGACAAUGAUUGUGGCUUAUGAGAGAGCAGGCCUGGUUGCCCAUGCCAAGCGCUUGCUCCAUGAACUCAAGCGCCCAGACAAUAUCCCCAGGGAGACCGCCAUUACAAUUCUUGCUGGAGCUGGGCGGAUAGAAGAGGCAACAUGGGUUUUUCGUCAGGCCUUUGAUGCAGGGGAGGUGAAGGAUAUAACUGUAUUUGGGUGUAUGAUUGAUCUUUUCUCAAGGAACAGGAAGCACACAAAUGUCAUUGAGGUGUUCGACAAGAUGAGAGGAGCAGGAUACUUCCCUGAUUCUAAUGUAAUUGCUCUUGUCCUGAAUGCAUGUGGGAAGUUGAGGGAAUUCGAGAAGGCUGAUGCAAUAUACAAGGAGAUGGAGGAAGAGGGGUGUGUUUUCUCAGAUGAAGUUCACUUCCAGAUGCUGAGUCUCUAUGGAGCCAGAGGAGAUUUUCAGAUGGUAGAUUCACUGUUUGAAAGGCUGGAUUCUGAUCCCAACAUCAACAAGAAAGAGUUGCAUCUUGUUGUUGCAAGCAUUUAUGAAAGGGCAAAUAGACUCAAUGAUGCAUCUCAAAUUAUGAACAGAAUGAGGGAAAGAGGGAUUUCUAAAUCAUGAUCGGCUUUGCGACCUGAAUCUGCAUGUGUUCAAGUAAAUUCACCAUGAAGAUUGUAAAUUUCACCAUCUCUUGCUGAUUUUUCUGUAAAUAUAGCAAUUCAAAUGUAGGGUUCCUUUCCCCCUUCUCAUACACCAUGAUGUAAUUGACACUUCCUCUCUUUGUGUACCUUGAUAUUUCAUGAUUUUGAAUCUUGUAACAUAAAAGGGAAGUGUCUUCUUC